UAUAAAGUGACGACUGUGCCUGGUAUAGAAUACAUACACUGCAUUUCGUUGCAACACAUACACACCAAGCUAAGAUCGUCGAUGGCGAAGCAAGGGGUUGCUCCCAUGCUUGCCGUGCAGGCGCUGGUCGUCCUUGUUGCCCUCGCAGCAUUUCCAGCAGCGCAGUCUAUCGGCGUCUGCAACGGCGUGAUCGGCAACAACCUGCCGGCGCCCAGCGAUGUCGUUAAGCUCUACAAAUCCAAGGGCAUCAACGCCAUGCGGAUCUACGAGCCGGAGAGCAACGUCCUCAAGGCGCUCAGCGGCACGGGCAUCGGCCUCCUCAUGGACGUCGGCAACGGCGCGCUAACCAGCCUCGCCAACGACCCCUCCGCCGCGCCCGCCUGGGUCAAGGCCAACGUCCAGCCCUACCCGGGCGUCUCCUUCCGCUACAUCGCCGUGGGCAACGAGGUCAUGGACAGCGCCGGCCAGAAGACCAUCCUCCCGGCCAUGAAGAACGUACAGGCGGCGCUCGUGGCCGCCGGCCUCGGCGGCAGCGUCAAGGUGUCCACGUCGUUGCGGUUCGACGUGGUCAUCGACACCUACCCGCCCUCCAACGGCGUGUUCGCGGACCUUGACUACAUGGGGCCCAUCGUGGACUUCCUGGCGAGCACCGGCGCGCCGCUGCUGGCCAACGUGUACCCCUACUUCGCCUACAAGGGCGACCCGCAGAACAUCAAGCUCAACUACGCCACCUUCAUGCCGGGCACCACCGUGAACGACGACGGCAACGGCCUGACCUACACCAACCUCUUCUACGCCAUGGUCGACUCCAUCUAUGCCGCGCUGGAGGACGCCAACAAACCGGGGGUGAAGGUCGUCGUGUCCGAGAGCGGAUGGCCGUCGGCUAGUGGCUUUGGGGCGACGAUGCAGAACGCGCAGGCAUACAACCAGGGAUUGAUCAAACAUGUCGGCAAUGGCACGCCCAAGAGGCCCGGGCCGUUGGAGACGUACGUGUUCGCCAUGUUCAACGAGAACCUGAAGACAGGGGAACCGACAGAGAACCACUUUGGGCUGUUCAAUCCGGACAAGUCGCCGGCCUACUCCAUUAGCUUCUGAGUACACGACGACCGGUGGAUAUUCUGUGUCCGAAUAAGCUGCGUGGUAAUGCAAAAUGCAUGCACUUCAGUCAA